AUUACAGCUAGUGACCUCGAAUGACCUAAGGCGGUGCCCGAAUAGGUAAACAACAUCCUUGAUUUCUCUGGUAGCGAACCGUCCUAGCACGGCCAAAAGAAAGGAACGACGAACCGUUUCGUGCCCAAUUUCGAAUGAAACCGUUUGUCGUGAUACGGAAGCAUGAAAGCCAAGACAAUACCGCACUGCAGCAUCUUAUCAGAGAAUUUAUCAUGUCCGGUGCCUGGGAAGCGUUUGUAUCGUGUUUAUUUCGUGAGAUUACCCUUCAGUUGAUCGUGCUCGGAUGGGCGCUGAUGUUCAUCUUUUUCGGUAUUCCGCUGUACAUGUGCGCAAUGGCAAUACCGUGCGUUGUGGUACUGAUAUGGUUCACCGUUUACGGUAGUUACUACAACAAAUCAACCGAGCUAGUCCUUCGACCUACAAAACUGUGCUGGGUUGCGGAACUUUACGAGCCGCUAUUGACAAUGACUUCAGCGAAACAAAACCAUCAAACCGUCAUCGAACGGUGUUACACCGAUCGACCUGGAGCGGAAGUUCAGCCUGAUGUGGUAAGCAAAAUGCGGAAGCGCAUCAUCGGUACGAUCAGCUGUCGGAAUCAUCUGGCCAUGGAUAACGCGGGAUUCAUCACGCGACUGGCCGUUAGCCCAAAGUACGGCCUUGUGCCCGUCACAGAGUACCUCAUACAGAGAGUUCUUCAGCACGCUUCAGACAAUUCGCUAUACGCAUUGGAAACGGUUACCUCUGAGUGCGAUCAGGACGUGCGUGAGGUGUAUCUGAAGAUCGGCUUCAACAUACGACAGGUGUAUCACAAGCAGAUCAUCGGUAACACACUUAAGGUGAUGAAGUCCCAACUCGGUAUCGAUCUGCACGAGUGGAACCAAAAUCGUGACGAGAUCAACGUGGAGAUUGAAUAGCACCGCCGAAGCUAGUGGAGUACAUUAUUGCCUUACUUUUUCCAAUAACGUUACAAACUACUGUUUCGUUCUUUCGCUCGUGAUCUUUUCAGUGAAACGCAUUACUGCACCAAGCACCAACACUGUGAGUUCGUGGCCAAAAAUGCGAUAAAGCCUUAUUCAAGAUCUUGCUUUUCUCAAAGCCGCACCGGCACCGACUUUAGAUUCUCUCUUCAUGACAAACUUUACGUUUUGCUACUGUUACGAUAUAACAAAUAUAUCUGUUUUAAGCUAACA